AUGACAGUCACCAAACAAAUUAUCGAUUAUGAAAAUGUCAACGGCUUCAACAUUACACUAAAAGUGGAAAAACGUAAUAUUAAUCCAACAUCUCAGCGCUAUGUAAUAUCAUACAAAAAUAAGGAACAAAAGUCAUCAUUAUGGUCGAAGAAGUCCCUUAUAUGUGCAAUAAUCUUCAAUAUUUUAGCCAUGAGCUAUAUUCGUAUAAGUUUUACAGCAACUUUGAUUAUUAUUAUUGUGAUGUCAUUCCUUAUUUUUUUCUGGGUUACACACACUGUACAGUCAGAAACACUUCUAGUUAUUCCGACUGUGGGUAUACAGACCUCAGUGAAGUAUGUUGUAGGUAGAGAAGAUAAUUAUGUUUCUUGGAAUAACAUUGAUGAUGUCAUUAUUAAUGAAGUUAUUAAAUUUAAUAGAGUUCUUUACUUUCUCACAAUUUUAGUAAAGAGUAAUAACCAGGCAGAUCAAAUUAAGUUAAUGCCAUUAUUUAAGUACACAAAACCAAGGCUUAUGAUGCUGGAAGUAAUUUAUUCUGAAAUACAAUUAUUAUUACUAGACUCAAGGAAAGAAACCAAUGAGUUUGGGGAAGGGCAAGGUUCUGGGGAUAAAUAG